AUGUUCUGCGCAACAUCCACCCGUGCCAACAGGAACACCGUGGACUUUGCCAAGCUCGCGACAGCCCGUCAUCUACGUCCCAGUGGAGGGAGCGAGAAAAGGACGACCUACGAGGGCUUCGAGAAGGGCGGCUACUGGCUCACUCGGAAUCGUGACGAUCUGGGCCAGAAAAUCGAGGAGCUGCUCGGGGACCUCUGCAUGUUCGCGUCCGCUGACUACCGCACGCCGGAGCCUCUGAACGAGAACUCCUUCUUCAACGGCCUGACGUCCUCGUUCCUUGGCCGCCUGGCAGGCCCGUGGCUUCCGGACCUGGACGGGGAGUGCACGCGCUACCGCAUCCUGCUGUCGGAGAUGUGGACACCGUGCGCCGAGACCACCAUCUUCGAGGACAUCAAGGUCUUCCUGCAGGAGCACAUCGAGACGGGCAACGGACGGCUGCGAAGCGGGGAAGAGGGUCGUGGCCUGCUUCGACGAGCUCGAGAGGCAAGGCUGCAAGCUGCUGACGGUGCUGAAGCCUUAUGGCUGCUGGGAUCAGGUGCUGUACGACCUGCGCAUGGCGACUAG